AUGGCGUCGCCUGAAGAACCGUUGAGGACGGGAGAGAUUUCUCCUCGAUUUGAUAAAUUUUUAAAAGAUGUCGUCGAUCAUCUGAGCCCAGAAGAGCUUGAAUAUGCUGUAUCGUCUAUCAGAACGAAUUUUGAGAUUGGAAAGUUCGGGGAUAAAGGAGAUCAGGAUUUAUAUUCGUGCCUGCAUCUUUUUGCAAAUCAGGGUCUUGUGUCGGAGGACAAUUUGACUUUGUUGGAGAAAUUUGUAGUCACCCCACAAACAUCUAAGAAGGAGGAAAUCGAGGAACAGAUUGAAGCUUUUAAGGCAAUCCGCUUGCAAGAGUUUAAAGAGUCAAAGGCAGCGACAUCAAGGGAAUUAACGGGAAGACACAACGACUUAAAAAAUGUUAUGUCGAAGUUAACAACUGGUGGAUCAAGUGUCGUAAAUCUCUACGGAGCUAGUGGUGUCGGGAAGACAAGACUUGCAAAUGAAGUGCUAUAUAAGUGGCAAGGAACGCAAACGAAUAAAUUUAACGUGGACUUGAGAGAAAUAGACAAAAUGGAAGACGUUCACUUCCACCUUUUACAGGUGCUUUCAACCGAAUCGGAGGAAACAACAGUGAGCUAUGAAGCAAAUCCUGUUAUUUUGAAAAUGAUGCAGCUGAGACAACGGGAACAAGGGAACAUUUUGCUACUUUUCGAUAACGUUGAUCAAUUUUCAGGUGGAAAAGAUGAGGCUGCCGUUAGACGAAAUACUAAUUUUGUCUCAUUUCUCCAACGACUCACCAGUGACAAAACUGGGGGAGACAAAUCGUCAUUGAAGAUUCUGUUGACAUCUAGAAGUGCAUUCCGUCACGGUGUGGAAAAUUACGAAGUGAGAGGUUUGGAAAGGGUCUCUUCGUGGGAGCUCCUUCAAAGGCAAGGGACACCUGCUAUUCAAGGGGGCCAGAGAGAGCGAUUAGUUGAGAUUUGCAGAGGGAAGCCACUAUUGCUCAAUGGCAUGGCAUCAAUUUUAAGGCAGGAAACUGAUGCAGAAAGACUCCUUGGAACCAUUGAGCAGGAGUUAGCGGUGGAACAGUCCCAAGACACUGGGAAAGAACAGACUGAAAAGGAGGACAUGUUUGAUGUUAACGACGAAGGUAUCGAUGAGAAACAGCUGUCAUGUUUGAGGAAAAUGUUCUUUUUCCUUCCAAGUAAAACACUUAAAGAGUCUGCCGUUUCAGUGUCACUCUUCUGCCGCCCAUUUUCAUUGGAAGCAGCAGCUGAGAUACUUGGAGUAAACGUUUCCGAAGCUGCAAUAAGAAUGGAAGCAAUGCGUAACAGUCAAGUGGUCUUCCUUGUUCCAGAGUCAAAAGAACUGCUGUAUGACAUACAUCCCUUGAUGCGAAAGUUUCUUAAAAGCAUUGGCAAUAGCAAGGCUUUCGUGGAAGCUUACCAAAAAGCAGAAGACAACUUUUGCAAGCAUUUCGUUCCUCAGUUGAUAACAAUUGCAGCCCUUUUGGACAAAGACUACGUAAAAGCUUUUGACAGCUUUGAUUUCCAAAAACCCAACUUUGAACUUGCUCUAGAUAUUUCUAUGAAGUCCAACUACCUUCUAAUUUCUCAAAAACACCGGGAAAGCGUCUUGGUUUGUUAUUUAUUUGAAGCCAUGAUCAGUGAUCAGGGGCGAAGAAGAAAGAUUUUUCACACCUGGGCUGAAAAGAUUGAGGAAGAUGGAAAGGAAGGUAAGGAUAUACUAUUUUUCGUUGUUCAGUAUGCUAUCGCGAGUAGUUUCCAAUUUAAGAACAAACUAUUACCAAAAGCACCGGCUCAACAGAUGAACAAGCUCGUGAAAUAUAACAGCAGACAUAUGAAUUGAUUUUCCCAAGUGUGAGCAAUGGAGAGCUAGUUUUCCCGAAUAUAGUGCACACCAUAAAACUUGGCCAUGUCGACCCGGAAUUUAGAGUCUUACAGUCAACUCUCUCCAAGACGCGGGACACCUUUCCGACCCGCAUAAUGUGUUCGUUUUAUAUCAUAGAUUGUCAGCUAAAAGGGGUAAAGAAAGGCAAGGGCCAACCCUAGGUGUCUGUUUUUGAGAGAGGGAGAGAGAGUCGAACUUCUUCCUAACUGUCCCAAGCCGGGCAAUUUUUGGCAGUGUUUACUGAUGUACGAGAGUCUUAGGGUUUGGCAAUACCACGCCACUCCUAGUGGAUUCUUACUAAUACAAACCCUUCCGUUAAAUUUCAAGUAACACCAAAUCUUUUAUACAUGAUCUGCCCUUCUUAAGAGAACUGAAGAUGUUGGAACAACGGUACAUACUUCACAUGUUCUCCUUAGUGUCCAAGUCAGGUCCAGACAAGAGUACCCCUAUUUGGUUUCUUGGUCCAGAUAAAAGUGUUUUGAUUGUUCUGCUCCUCAAUUUUCUCCAUAGGCAGUAUAUUUCGAGCGGAAUUGCAAUGCUGGGAAGCUUUGCAGGUACUCACACUUGAAGGAUGGCGUAGGGCUGCGGAAGUUGUUCAAGAGUCGAGGGAGUUGCUGAAGAGGGUGCAGAGAGAUGGCAAAAAGACCAAGCUUUUCAAGAUCGCGAAAAGCUCUUGUUUGUUUGUUGAAGGCGAAGUCUUCAGCCGAGCAGGAAAUUGGCCAAAAGCACUUAAAAGUUUGAGGCGUUCCCUGGAAAUAAUGGAAGAGCAAUUGAAUAAUCACACAAGCACUUGUAGAUGUUUGAAUGCCAUUGGAAAUUGCUACAACAGUCUGGGAAAUCCAGAGCAAGCGAUUAAGUUUUACACAAGAGCAUACGAAAUGCGUCAAAAGCUUUCUGGUUCAAGGGAACACUUUGACUUGCCUCUGUUUAGAAGUCAAAUUGGGACAGUGUAUGAAUCAAUGGCCAUUCAAGAGUACCUCAAAAACAGAACCAUGACACCCCAGGCCGAAAAAAAAUUUCGCAAGGCUAUAGGAUACUAUCAAGAGGCAUUAGAUCUUGCCAAAGAACUUAAACUCACUGGGAUUCUAUACACAGCACUUUAUAACAGAAACAUUGCUAACGCUUACUCAUGGCUUAUGGAGUAUGAAAAGGCGAAGCCGUUUGCUUAUAACGGGUACCAAAUUCGGAAAGAUAUCCUUGGCAAACAUCCAUUGACUGCCCGGAGCACUUUUCAAAUGGCAGAAAAUUCCCGAGGUCUUGGGGAUUACGAUAAAGCUAAAGAAUACUACGAAGAAGCAUGGGAGAUUGAGAAAUCUCUGGGACAAGGGAACCACAGUGAAGUACGGGACAGACUGAUUAAAAGCUACGAGGGAAUGCUUCACGGGGAGAGAAAAAGGGCAUUCCAGAAGGAAGUCUUGGAGUUUUAUCAAAGAUCAUGGGACGAGGAGAAACGUUUUGAAGGGUUUCAGUUCUCUCAGGCCAACAUGGUAAUCAUCGAUUCUAUAGAAGAACGGCUUAAGGAAGAGGCUGAUGAAAAGACGAGGAGAAAAUAUGAAAACGAAGCUCUUUGGUUUUACGAAGGAGCCUGGAAUUCCCCUGACAACAAGAGGCUGCUUUAUGAGCAGAGAGAACACAUCUUACAAACUUUGUUAAGGUUGUGUCAAGAAGCUGAUAAUAAGGAACUUUUUUGAGAAAUAUCGAAAGGAAUCGUUUAGAUUCUACGAAAAGAGAUGGAAAAAGACCAGUUCGGAGUUGGAGAAACAAGCCAAAAUUGACUUUCUCACCGCACUGGAGGACCUGGCCACAUCACUUGGAUAUGAAAAGAAGACAAAAAAGUAUAAUACGCUGCUAAAG